AAAAAUAGCUAAUAAUUACUAAAAUUAUUCAAUAUAAAAAUUUGUUGAAGAAAAAGUUACAAAAAAAUUUCUUCCAUUAAAAAAAAUCUUUAUUUUUUCCCUUCUGUCUCUCAGGCUGAUAUCAGUCAUGCUUAUCAAAUGCUGCGAAGCAGCGGUAUCCCUAAAGAAAACAUUAUAAUAAUGAUCUACAACGAUCUCACCUGUCAUACAAAUAACCCUACCCCUGAUAAACUUGUCAAUGCCCCAGAUGGGCCUAAUGUCUACGAUGGUGUGCCAAUUGAUUAUUCUAGCAAGGAUGUAACGGCUGAAAAUUUUCUGAAUAUCCUGAAAGGUGAUAAAGAUGCUAUGAAUGGUAAUAGAAGUGGAAAAGUUGUUGACAGGUAUUUUAUUUUUUUGUGAAUACACAUUGUAAAUUAUAUUAUUGUUUAUUAUUUAAUUUCUUCUAGUGGACCAGAUGACGUGAUAUUUGUCAACAUUGCAGGAAAUGGAGGUCCAGGAUAUGUUAGCUUUCCCGAAGAUUUUUUAUUUCUUGAUGACUUUCUUGAGGCAAUCAAUUGGAUGUACGAUAAUCAUAAAUAUUCAAAAUUAAUUAUAUAUGUCGAAGCUAGUUAUGCAGGUUCCCUUUUUCAUAAAACGCUUCCUGAUGGAAAAAAUGUUUAUGCUCUGACUUCGACAGGACCAUUUCGAACCUCUUCAGCUGCCUAUUGGGAUGAAGUGAGGAAAACAUAUUUAAGUGAUGUCUUCAGUACCUUGUGGAUGACUUAUACGCAAGACGAAAAAAUAUCGAAGUUCAACUUACUCUAUGACACGUUGGAUCCCAAUAUCAGCCGUGCAGAGGAAUAUGGUGAUUUAAAGAUAGGUGUAAAGAAACUGAAAACUAUUUUGGAAACAACAGAUAAACGGAUGCUUAGAAAUCCAUCGACGACUCUACAUCUAAAGGAUACAGUAAAUAGUAUUAACGUACCUCUUAACAUUCUUCAGAGCAGAUUGAAGGAUGCCAACAAUUCAAAACAACGUAAUAAAUUGAAAGGCGAGAUUAAACAACUAAAAGAUAAACGUAAAAUAAUUUAUGAUUUGUUUAUUGACAUUCUGAAAGCAGUAACAAGCACCAGACAACAACAAAACAAUCUAAUUGAGAAAUUGGAGAAAAAAACUGAGCCCUUAACUACAGAUAUAUUUCCAUGUUAUAGAAUGUUAUUCACAAAUUUUUACUAUAAGUAUGGUAGCCUUUUAGAGGAUCCAUACAAUUGCGCACACUUGCAAAAAUUCGUAAACAUUUGUAGUAACAAAGGAUUAAAAAAAGAUUUGGUUGUUAAAGCCAUAAUGUACGGAAAAGAUGCCUAUCCACCCCGUCAGUCAUCCCAAAAUGGUAGUUGUUCUUUCUCUCCUGGCACAGUAAAAUCGUUUUGUUCAAAAUAUAAAAGAAAAGUGAUUAGCCAUAAAGAAAAAGGUGAGUGGAAGAUUGUAUGCCAAGACUCAAUCCUGGAACUAACAUGCGGUACCUCAAAGUAUAUAGAAAUAAAUGAUGCGUUAUGGGGCAGAUUUGACAAAAGCACCUGCGGAACUUACCCAGACAUGUACAAAAAUUGUACAACUGUGGACGACACGUUUAUCCGAGUGUUUGAAAGGUGCCAGUUUAAAAGUCACUGUUACAUUAAUACAACCAUUACUGAGUUCGGUGAACCUUGCGUAUACUUUAACAAAUAUUUAAUGGUGAAUUUCGCAUGUCAAUAUGAUCCAAUUCAGUACGAGACCGUUACUGUUGAGCAGUCCACUAGUAAAUACAUUAAAUGUGAUAAGAAAACGUCCAUAAUAAUCAUUAAUGCACAUUGGGGAAGAAAAGCAGCUGAAAAUGAUGGUGUCAACUGUUUAUCAUAUUUAUCAAACUAUACUACAGAUAUUGUUAGUGCUAGAUGUGACUACAUGCAUGAAUGCAAAAUACACGCUCAUACCGAUUGGUUUGGUGACCCAUGUCUCGGUAAAAAGAAGCAUUUAAAUAUUACUUACCAAUGUAUUGGAGUUCGACAAGACCCAAUGUUCAUCAAGACGUGUGGUCCCAAUUAUCAAAUCAAAUGCCCAGAUCAUCAUAGAAUCGCAAUAGAUUGGGCAUAUUACGGUAGGUCACACCCAUUUAUGUGCAAUCCUCUGACGAAAAUGCAUGUCCCACGGAUGGAUGAAGACUGUGUCGCAGAGCUAAGGAUGAAAGAAGUUGAACAAAGUUGCAUGGACAAAAAUGAAUGUACUGGAACAAUGACGGACGCAACUGAACCAUGUAAAUCCUUUGAGAUUAAUGCGAGUUACGUUUUUAUAAUAUACGCUUGUGUAGGUCCUGACGGAAACCGCUCAAUGAAAUAUGGAAAUUUUAAUGGAAGACUCCUCAGAAAAAUGAAAGAUGCUGAUGAUGAUUAUGAAGAUGAUAACAAAGUUGAUCUUUCGCCAGGUCCACCCACCAUUGUCACAUUAACAUCUAACAGCGUUACAUUUGAAAUCCCUAAUACGGUAGAUAGUGAACUAUAUGGAGUACAAAUAAAACCUGGAUCUGGUGAUACUUGGUUUGACCUCCAUGAAACCGUCAGAGAACAAGGAGUAAUCUACGAUCUUGUACCAGAAACAUUAUACGACAUCAGGUUCAUUUUGAAAAGUUGCGAUAACUGUAAUGAUGAACUUUGUAUCCCAUUUACAAGAAUUAUAACUAAGUCUAUAGGAACAGAAGAUUUUUCCUUAAAAAAUGCUGAGCAAAAUCCUGAGAACUGGGUUCUAGAUUAAUGAACUAAACGAAUUCAAUAACUAGUGGUAUCUUGAUAGGUCUUGACGUUGUAGAUAUCAUCAUGUCAAGUAAACUUUUCCGUUUUUGAAUCUUAUUUUGUAAACAUUUAAUUUCCCGUAUCUAAACAAUUGGUUCAUGAUAAAUCAUUAUGGGCGUAUGCAGAGUAGGGAAGAGAGGACCGUUGUGUUGAUUUUAAAGAAAAUAAAGGUUUGACGAAAAUUAAUUUUUGUCCUAUAAAAUUUUUGUUCUAUUUAAUGUUGUAUUUCAUAAAAAUAAAAUAUGUAUAUACUGUAAUGAUAAUAAAGGUUUCCAAAAACAAAUUCCGUUUUUCCCUCUAAUAAGAAAGAUGCGCAU